GGCGCGCAGCCAAUCCGGAGGCUGCGUUCUGGGCAGGGGACGCAGUCAGCCAAUGAGAGACUCGACCGCACACAGAAACACCAAAACCCCCGCCGUCAAUCAUGUGUUGUGCAGCUUCUGCUCAGACUGUCAUACAAGACACGAUUUGAAUACAGUUCACACGGCAGUUCUUCACGAGGGAAAAGGAGAUGAUGCACCGAAACCGCCACCGCUGAUUGGAAGAUUUGGCACCUCACUGAAAAUAGGAAUUGUUGGUCUGCCUAAUGUUGGGAAGUCGACCUUUUUCAACGUGCUGACAAAGAGUCAGGCUGCAGCUGAAAAUUUCCCCUUCUGCACCAUUGACCCAAAUGAAAGUAGAGUGCCCAUUCCAGACGAACGCUAUGAUUUCCUCUGCCAAUUCCACAAACCUGCCAGCAAAAUCCCAGCAUUCCUGAAUGUUGUAGACAUUGCUGGUCUAGUGAAAGGAGCUCACGCUGGCCAAGGACUGGGAAAUGCUUUCCUGUCCCACAUCAGCGCUUGUGAUGGCAUCUUCCACAUGACACGUGCUUUUGAGGAUGAGGAUAUCAUCCAUGUGGAGGGGACCGUGGACCCAGUGAGGGAUAUGGAGAUCAUCCACGAGGAACUGAGGCUGAAGGAUGAGGAGAUGAUCGGCCCUGUUAUUGACAAGCUGGAGAAGACUGCCAUUAGAGGCAGUGACAAGAAACUCAAACCAGAAUAUGACAUGAUGUGCAAAAUCAAGAGCUGGGUAGUGGAUGAAAAGAAAAAUAUCCGCUACAAUCACGAUUGGAAUGACAAGGAGAUCGAAGUGUUGAACAAAUACUUGUUUUUGACAUCCAAACCAAUGAUUUACCUUGUUAACCUCACUGAGAAAGACUACGUCAGGAGGAAAAACAAAUGGUUGGUGAAAAUCAAGGAGUGGGUGGAUAGUCAUGACCCCGGAGCAUUGGUCAUCCCCUUCAGUGGCGGCCUGGAGAACCAGCUACAGGACAAGAGUGAAGAGGAGAAGGAGAAGUACUGCACAGAGCUCAAGACGCAGAGCGCUCUGAGCAAGAUCAUCAAGGCAGGCUACGCUGCCCUGCAGCUGGAGUACUUCUUCACUGCUGGACCAGAUGAGGUCCGUGCAUGGACCGUUCGGAUCUGCCUGCCCUCCUCCUGCCACUGGAGAUAAGGAGCCUGUGCAUUGUGCCUGCCUAAUCUGUGUGACAGAGGUUGUCUGUGCCAAAAUUGAUGUCGCUUUUCAUUCGACUGUUUGUGGGCCUCGCUGGGAGCUCCUCCUCCCCGUGUGUCUCAGUUUACUGAGCGCAGCCCGCCAAGACCUUUGUGCAACGCGAUCACAGGACUUACAUCAAUACAGAUGACGAAAAUUAAGCACAGAUAUGAUAAGGUACUUGACCAGUCAUAUUUUGUGUCCAAGAAGGUGGUUUCAACUUUUUUCUAAACCUGAAGUCCACAUGAAAACGAGUCUAGAUGAAUCUGCCAAAAGGUUUUAACCGUAUCUGUGUUUUAUCCACAUUGAAACUGUGUUGUGGGGACAUCUCCAAACGCCCAAUAAAACAACCAAUAUGCUUUUUCGGGGUAAACAAUGAUGCCAUAAUCCCACCUCCCUCUUGGACUUGCAUUCACUGUUGCUUAUCUUUGUCGUCGUCGUCUUGCUCUUCUAGUGUUUGGAAUUUAGUUUUUUUAUUUUGUUAGUUGUCUUGCUUCUUUCU